AUGGACAUUCUUGAAUUAAAUGUGUGGAAAGGCGAUUGGGGUUUACCAUCGGUUGACGUGGAAUGUUUGCAAGUUUUGGUUUAUGCUAAAAUUAAUGGUAUACCUUUAAAAGUAAAUACUUCUGGUAAUCCAUUCAAAACACCUAAUGGCAAAUUGCCCGUAUUAAAAAGUAGUAUUGGUACGUUCGAUACAGCCAAAGCUAUAAUAGAAUAUUUCAGGCAACAAAAUUAUAACGCGGAAUACCAAUUAAAUGGAAAACAAUGCGCAAAAGUUUUGGCUUAUGAUACAAUGUUAAAGGAAAAAUUAUUUCCAGCCCUACAAUUCAUUUGGUGGUUAGAUGAAAGAAAUGUAAAUGAUUUAAUAAGACCUUGGUAUUAUCGAGCAUUGCCCUUCCCAUUAAACUUGUAUUACCCAGGAAAAUUUGAACGGCAAGCUCAUGUUAUGUUUGAAACUUUGUAUUCUGUCAAAGAUGAUAUAACUGUCAUGGAAAACAAGGUGUACUCAGAAGCACAGAAAUGUUUGACACUACUAUCUACAAGUCUUGGAGAUUUAGACUAUUUUCUGGGUACAGAACCGACUGUAUUGGAUGCUAUUAUAUAUUCUUAUUUGGCACCAUUGCUUAAAGCUCCUUUACCAAAUCCAGCUUUACAAAAUCAUUUGAAAGCUUGUACAAAUUUAGUACAAUACAUAUCACGCAUAUCGGAAAGAUACUUUAAGGAUGAAUGUCGAGAAUAUAAGACUAAAGAAAAUGUACGGGAUAUGAGGAGAUACUCAGAAAAUGAGUUUCCUAAUAAAAGAAGAAAUCAAAUUUUUGCUGGACUUUUUGCUGCUUUAGUAAUGUCAACUUACGUCUUUUCAACUGGAAUAUUAGAGCGAUGAUAACUAUUUAUCGGAUUAUCUUCAGCUAUACAUUGGAUUCUUGGUAAAUCAUUUAGUUAUUACAUUAGGGUCGCCAAU